AUGGCCAAAUCAUAUUCAAAGUCAAAAUUCCGCAUGUUAAUGGAAAAAGUUGAGGCAACUAAUAUUAGGGUGAAGAAAUAUUUGGAAUUGGCGGGUUACGAAAAGUGGGCUAGAUCGUAUGCAACAGUUCACCGAGGAUGGACUUUGACUUCAAACAUUACGGAGUCAAUAAAUGGAGUGCUUGUAUCAGCUGGAGAACUGUCAAUUUAUGACUUUCUUGAGGAAGUUCGAUUACUGUUUGCAAAAUGGAAUUGUGCAAAUAGGCAGGAGGCUUCAUAUACCUUCAUAACACUCAUUGGAAAGUUUAAUGACAUACUCAGUGAGAACGAGGCUUUGUGUACCCGAAUGAUGGUUGUACCAGCCAAAGAAUAUGUGUAUACGGUAUACGACAAACAAAAUCACUUCAUUGUUUGCAUCAAGGAAAAAAAGUGCUCAUGA